AUGGUGAACUGGUUAGAUACGGUAGCUGCAGAUAUCUCCGAGGAUUACAUGGGACUCUCUGUAUACCUAUUUGAAUCAGGCGCUGGUGAUAUGGCGGGCAUCUCAGUGUGUGAUUCAUAUUUAGAUAUCUUUGUGUAUGUGUACACGAAGUAUAGUGAUCAAGCUACAUAG